AUGGAGAAUGAGCUGCCGGUCCCCCACACAUCUAGCAGCGCCAGUGUCACCAGCAGUGCCAGCGGGGUCAGUAGCAGCAAUGGUGGAAGUGGUCGCCCCUCUGGGCCCCAGAUUUCUGUGUACAGUGGCAUUCCUGACCGGCAGACCGUGCAGGUGAUCCAGCAGGCCCUGCACAGGCAGCCCGGCACGGCGGCCCAGUACCUGCAGCAGAUGUACGCCGCGCAGCAGCAGCACCUCAUGCUGCAGACGGCCGCACUGCAGCAGCAGCACCUCAGCAGCGCCCAGCUCCAGAGCCUGGCGGCUGUGCAGCAGGCAAGCCUGGUGGCCAACAGACAAGGGAGCACUUCGGGCAGCAGUGUGUCCGCACAGGCCCCAGCCCAGUCGUCCUCGAUCAGUCUGGCAGCCUCCCCAGCAGCAGCCCAGCUCAUCAACCGGGCUCAGGGUGUCAACUCAGCAACAGCCUCGGGCAUCGCCCAGCAGGCUGUGCUCUUGGGCAACACAGCUUCCCCGGCCCUGACUGCAAGCCAAGCUCAGAUGUAUCUGAGGGCACAGAUGGCCCAGCCAGGUAACCUGGUGCAGGUAGCUAGGAGCCUAGGCGGCACUGUUCCUUUGUCCCCUCAGCUCAUCUUCACGCCCACGGCCACCGUCGCUACUGUGCAGCCUGAGCUCGGCACUGGCUCCCCCGCCCGGCCCCCCACCCCCGCCCAGGUACAGAACUUGACCCUCCGAACACAACAGACACCAGCUGCAGCAGCUUCGGGCCCUACCCCCACUCAGCCUGUCCUGCCCAGCUUGGCCCUGAAACCCACGCCAGGUGGUAGCCAGCCUCUGCCUACCCCAUCACAGGGCAGAAACACUGCUCAGGGUUCCCCCGCAGGUACCAAGUGUGGCCUAACUGACAGUGUGGUGGAGCCACUCAAGAAAGGAGAUGGCAACAGCAGUGUGCCAGGGAGCUUGGAGGGCCGGGCUGGGCUCACCCGGAUGGUGCCCGCUGUUGCUGCCCAUCCCCUCAUUGCACCAGCCUACGCCCAGCUGCAGCCACACCAGCUCCUCUCACAGCCGUCUCCAAAGCACCUGCAGCCCCAGUUUGUGAUCCAGCAGCAGCCACAGCAACCAGCACAGCAGCAGCAGCCCCAGCAAUCGCGGCCUGCACUCCAAGCCCAGUCCCACCCCCAGCUCACCUCAGUCCCGCCGAGCCUGGCCCUGCAGCCCAGCCCCGAAGCCCAUGCCAUGCCUCUAGGCGCGGUUUCAUCCACCCUGCCUCUCCAGUGUUCCACUGCCAACCUGCACAAGCCUGGCAGCACUCAGCAUUGCCACCCUCCCACGCCAGAUGCUGGGCCUCACAAUGGAUAUCCAGAGGGCCUGUCCCACGCCCCUCCGCGCAGGUUCCAGCACGCCUCCGCUGUCAUCUUACAGCUACAGCCUGCUUCACCAGUGCCCCAGCAGUGCAGCCCAGAUGACUGGAAGGAAGUGGUACCUGGGGAGAAGAGCAUGCCUGAGGCUCGGUCUGGCCCAUCACCACAUCAGCAAGCCAUCAUCACUGCCCUGCCCAGUGGCCUGCCUGUACCCAAGAGCCCUAACAUCCAGCAGCCCCCAGCUCACGAGACAGGGCAGGGCAUUGUUCAUGCACUGACCGACCUCAGCAGCCCCGGCAUGACCUCAGGGAACGGAAAUUCUGCCUCCAGCAUCACCGGCACUGCCCCCCAGAAUGGUGAGAAUAAACCACCACAGGCCAUUGUGAAACCCCAAAUCCUGACGCAUGUUAUCGAAGGGUUUGUGAUCCAGGAGGGGGCGGAGCCUUUCCCGGUGGGACGCUCGUCCCUGCUGGUGGGGAAUCUCAAGAAGAAGUAUGCACAGGGGUUUUUGCCUGAGAAACUUCCACAGCAGGAUCAUACCACCACCACUGACUCCGAGAUGGAGGAGCCCUAUCUACAAGAAUCCAAAGAGGAGGGUACGCCCCUCAAACUCAAGUGUGAGCUCUGUGGCCGGGUGGACUUUGCCUACAAGUUCAAGCGUUCCAAGCGCUUCUGUUCCAUGGCUUGUGCAAAAAGGUACAAUGUGGGAUGCACCAAACGAGUGGGCCUUUUCCACUCGGACCGGAGCAAGCUGCAGAAGGCAGGAGCCACGACCCACAAUCGCCGUCGGGCCAGCAAAGCCAGUCUGCCACCUCUCACCAAGGAUACCAAGAAGCAGCCAACAGGCACUGUACCCCUUUCAGUCACUGCUGCAUUGCAGCUAACACACAGCCAGGAGGACUCCAGCCGUUGCUCAGAUAACUCAAGCUAUGAGGAACCCCUGUCACCCAUCUCAGCCAGCUCAUCUACCUCCCGCCGGCGACAAGGCCAGCGGGACCUGGAGCUCCCUGACAUGCACAUGCGGGACCUGGUAGGCAUGGGACACCACUUCCUGCCAAGUGAGCCCACCAAGUGGAAUGUAGAAGAUGUCUACGAAUUCAUCCGCUCUCUGCCAGGAUGCCAGGAGAUAGCAGAGGAAUUCCGUGCCCAGGAAAUCGAUGGGCAGGCCCUGCUGCUGCUCAAGGAGGACCACCUGAUGAGUGCUAUGAACAUCAAACUGGGGCCUGCCCUGAAGAUCUAUGCUCGCAUCAGCAUGCUCAAGGACUCCUAGGGCUGGCCGGGCAGCCACGGUUCUGGCCCAGGACGCCUCCUCCCAGCUGAGCAGAGCCAGACAGACAUUCCUGAGGGGCCCAGAACUGGGGCCAGUCCGAGGGUAGGGGCUGUCCCUAUGGGGCGUGGCUGAUGGGGAGGUGUUACACAGCACCUCCCAGUGGCUCUCAGGGGCCUUUCUUUCUGUGGGAGGGGCAGAGAGGUAGGUGGCGCAGAAGAUGGGGCUUUAUGCUUGUAAAUAUUGAUAGCACUGGCUUCCUCCAAAGUCCCAAUACUCUAGCCCCGCUCUCUUCCCCUCUCUCGGACCCCCAUUUUCCAGGGGGUAUAUGGUCAGGGCUCCCCAACCUGAGUUGGGUUACUUACUUCCAAGGGCAGCCGCCAGGCCUGGAUGAAGGCCUUGAAAGCCCUUGCCUGCCUUCCUCCCACUUCUUUCUCCAGGCCUGGCUAACUCUCCUGAUGCCAGCUUCUCCCCCUUCAGCUUGUUCCAGAAGCAGCCAGGUGUUUUCCCCCUUCACCCUGUGCAGGUGGAGAGAGAGAAGCUGGGCCCAGUUUGGCCAUGCCUGCUGGCACAGACGCCUUAAACGCUGUGUGUGUGACUGUGUGUGUGGAGCCUGGACUGACAGAUAGGCCCAGAGCCACCCUCUGGCGUCUCCAGGUGUUUUGUAGCGAACAGCCACUUAGUGCUUUGUCCUGGACUCCACUCAGCCUCAGGAUGGGGAGUAGAAAGAGGGGCAGCCCCAGUGCAGAGGCAAGAUCAGGGAGCAGUGAAGGUCAGAUGUCCUCUCCAGACUGGUCACGAUGUCUCUAAAGCCCCUUCCCCACACUGUGAAGUCCCCCUGACUGCCCUGCUGUGUCACAAACAUUAAGGAAGCUGCUGGUGGGCUGGGUCACAUGGUUCUGGUGCCCCCCUGCCCUGGGAGCCCCCGUGGUGAGGCCCAGACAACGCUGAGGGGAGAGAGGAGCUGGAGUGACCACUGACGUGAAGAAGGCAGCCCCUGGCCUCCCACUCCCUCUGCCUCUGGAACUGGUCGCGGCAGCCCGAGCGGCUGCGGAGGAGGCAGGGCGAAGGGGAGGGCCUGCCUCUGACCGGCCCUGUCCUCUCCCGGCUCCGGGAGAGAGAGUGGGCCUCUCCCCGGAAGAGGGUGGCCACCUUUCUCAGCUUGUUCUAUUCCCCACUCUCACCCCAGGCAGGGUUGGAAA